UUGACUUCCUAACGUUCCCGGACACGGGUCCGUACAAAGUCUUUUCAAAAAGCGCCGAAAUUUCGCAGUUUUUUAGGCAAAUUUUAAAAAAUUGUAUAAAUUUUUUCAUGAAUGCGGCGCGUUGGAUUGUGGUAUAUGUGAUGAUCGUUGCUCGCAAUGGCGACUCAGCAAAACGAAGCCUAUGGAGAUAAAAAACAAGCAAGCGAAGAAUACGUCAAUGAUUCCACAUCUAUCGCAGAAAAUGCGAGUAUUGGAAGUCCUAUUGCAGGUAUAAGCGAUGACGAGCUUGUGAGCUUAUCUGUAAAAGAUUUAAACACACGUUUACGAGGAAAAUCCGACCAUGAAAUAGCGUUGAUAAAACAACGGAGGCGUACGCUCAAGAACCGCGGCUAUGCACAAAGCAGCCGAAAUAAGCGGGUCUCGCAGCGGAUGGAUUUGGAGAAGGAUAAAGAGAGCUUGAGGGAAGAAUUAGAUAGAAUCGCCCGAGAGAAUGACAGGUUAAAACGCGAGAGAGAUGAUACAAGAAAACAAUUUAACACACUCAUAAGUAUAGUAGGAUCACAGCCGAACGGGCCAGCGAUUAUAGACCGAAUAAAACUUUCCGCUAGUCAAUCUGCAAGUGAACCUGCGGGGAAAGCUCAGAGGGUUGAUAUCGAGUCGGUGCUAUCUUCAACUGCAUCGCAGCAAGGCGAAAGUCCGCGAGAAAUCGCCGAAACAUUAGCACAAAUACCAACUCUUCACUCGUUGAACGAGCAACGAAUAAAAUCACAAUCUGAGAAAGGUUUACAGCAAGUCCCAGCAGAAAUUAACCGGGCUGGACAAUACCGUAUUUAGUGCAAGGUUUUGACAAUGGAGUAGCUCUGAUUGGUGUUAAACUGAACAUAGUGGUCAAAUGAGAUGCAUAUGUAUGGUAUUGUGGUAAAUAAACUGCAUGGUACCAUGCAAAUUUUCUGGAAUUUUUUAAACACUUCAGUAUAACCAUCUUUCCAUUUCAAGUUGACCACCAUGUGAUGCAUUUAAUAGAGAAAUGUGUUGAUAAUAGGCUUUGUAUAUAUUAUUACAGAAUACUUCAGGUAACCUGUAAUCCUGUUUGAGGUCAGCAUAAUUGUAUCAAAUUAGCAGAUGGUAAUCCUGAUAAUCCUGAUCCUGGAAAGCCUAAAUCUAAUCUCAGCCAUUAGGUGCUCUAAUCCAAUCUAAAUCUGUACCUCAAGCUGAAUCUUUAAAAUGAUGUACUAAACAUAACUUCAUCAUGGUGCUUUUCAGAUUUACUGCUUAAGCAAUUUAAAGACAAGUUGUUUUUGGCAAACAAAUUUUGUUUAAAAAAGGGUAAUUGGAGAACGCAUCAUCUAGGGUCAAGUCCUUAAUUGAUGAGGCCUCCUUUAUAAGGGACUGAUUACAUAAUAUUUGUUUACCCAACAAAUCAAACUUUCCUAUACGUAUACGUAAUUUAUCUAAAAAUCAGUUCAGAGUGUUUUAGCAUACUUU